AUGGCGGCCCCGAAGCGCGAAGGGAUCCUGCGCGGGCCCUCUGGCGCCCCGUCCCGCCAUGCCAUCACUUUCGCCAAAGGCAGCCCCAGCGUCGUCCAGAGGCCAGUGAUUGACGGGAGGGGAUCAAUCAAACCUGUCGUGUGGAAGGAUGAACUCUACGCUGCCAGCACCGGAGAAGUCAACUGGCUCCAAAUGUGUCUGCAAAAAACUGAAAGUCCCACCCAGGCCGAUAUUAAUGGUUUCUCUGCACUGCAUACAUCUGCCCUUUUCGGCCGGCUGGACUGUCUCAAAAUGCUGGUGGAGAAGUAUGGGGUCAGCGUAGACUUGGCCAGCCUGACGGGCUGGCGGCCCAUCCACCUGGUCAUGAACAAGGAGAGCGAGAACCGUGCGCUGGAGUGCCUCCAGUACCUGAUCGGCAAAGAGGCCGACGUCAAUGUACAGAACCAAAACGGAAUCUCGCCUCUCCACAAGGCCGCCAGUGAAGGCCGAACCGAUUGCGUCAAGGUCCUGAUUGAGGCCGGGGCAGACGUCCACGCCAAGGACACCGAAGGUCAAGAGCCCAUCGACCUCUGCAGAAUGUGGGGCCACAGAGGGUGCUCCAAAUAUCUCGCUUCUGCCAUGUGGAAGAUAGACAAGCAGAAUCUUGCGCGGGAGGUCAGGCGGCUGGAUGAGAUCAAGAAAGAGUGCCAAGCGAAGGAGGAAGAGUCCUUGAGAAGACGGCAGAUGGAGCUGAAUCACUUUAACAACUUGGUGUUUUUCGAAUGGCUGGAAAGGAAGCGUCUGCCUCCCCCCUCUGCCCGGAUCCUGAGCUUCCUGGAGAAGCGGGCCCAGUCGGUCACCCUCCGCAAGCCGCACGGGAGACAGGACAGCGUUGCCCCCCCUCCGAGCAGCCCGGGGGGGAUAGGCUUCUUUGACGCCUUCGAAAAGGACUGGCGGCGCCGUGCCUGGAACACGAGCGCCAACCCCGCCUCCCUGCCGGCGACCCGCCUCUCCCGCCCCGACACGGUCCGCCUGGGGGUCAGCCCGGAGCCUUCCGUGGACCACGACUUCAGCGCCUUCCUCUUCCUCGUCGAAGACGGGUACGGAGAGGCCGAGAUCCGGAUCGGCAAGUGCGGCGAGGCCUUCCCCAUGCCCGCCCUGCCCUGGGAAACCAUCCAGAGGAGCCUGUACCCCCACGCCUGGCCCUCCCGCCUGAGGGUCCCGCAGGACCUCAGGCCCCACCACAUCUGGGACGUGAAGAGGAAGCGGCCCCCCGGGCCGGAGCACCGCUGGACGGACCAGAUGGCCCUGAGCCUGCGGCAGACGCUCGACCCCGCCUUCCUGGCCGCCCUGAAGGCCCACCUGGCCACCUACAGUGACGCGGAGGUGCUUCCCGGGGGGCUGGAUUCGGACUGGGGAGACCGCAAAGAGCGCGCCAGUCCGAGCCUCGGCAGCGGCAGCGGCCGCAGCCACUGA